AUGGCGGCAGCAUGCCGUGCCAUUGGCCAGGCAUGCCAGCCCGUGGCUGCCGCGACCUCCGUCGUACGAAGUGCCCGUGGUCCCAGGCUGCCAACGCGAUGUGGAAACGUUACCGCGGAUGUGGACAUGCCUCAGCCAAUGCUUGAUUCCUGGAUGCUGCGCCCGCAAUGCACGAUGUUCCGUCAGUACCCUGGCUUGGCGAUGCUUUCUGACGAUGCAGCUACACCUGCACCGGUGGAGCAGGCUGCCGCAGCGGAGGCAUUGGAGGCGCCAGCCGUGCAAGAGACCUCCGAAAGGCCGGAGCCUGCAGAAGGCAUGCAGGACGAAGCUCAGGGCGACCCGCCAAAGGAAGAGAGGCGGAGGGCCCGCGAGCGCCGGGCUCCAGUCACAGCGGCUGCAAUGGUGAUGAGGGAUUAUGAAAUGCGCUUGCGAAGCCUGGAAGUGCAGUGCCGCGAGCUCAGCUCUCAGAAUGCGCGACUGUCCUCGGAACUCACGGCCGGAGAAGUGAAACAGCAGCAAGGCCGCGAGCUGAACCUUCGCCUGAGCCGUGAGGUGCAGGAACUGCGCAGACUGAAUGCAGAGGCGAACGAUAAGGUCAUGGCUCUUGAGGAGGAGCUUACAACACAACGAAACCUUCCAGUCGCUCAAACAGAUGAUGUUCAGCCGGUACUUCCUCUGACUUCCUCGCAUCUGCUCGAGGUUGUUGAGGUCGUGGAGCCACCCCCUGGCUUGGCUGGUCUUGAACCCGUGGCCAUGUCGCAGACCUAUGCCCCGAUUGAGGAGCCGGAGCUUUUCUGGGGCUGUGAACAGAUGCAGAUCUACUCCGCUUCACUCAUGCUCGCACACCGUGAUCUGGCUUUGACAGCCGAUCUGGGUCCCCCAGGUCUUGAGCACCCUGCCAUGGACGGCCUGAGAGCAGAGGAGGUGCCAGAUGUUAUUUCGCGGAAGAUUUGGCGGCCACGGAAACUUCAGUCUGACGGUAGCACGUUCCUCCCCAAUGUGCUGUCUGACGCUCUUGUGAUGACAAGCGUUGUCAGCGCGGUUGUUGCAAGAGUGAGAGUAGGACGGCUGUGUGCUUGCAGACGCAGGAUGACGCAGGGACAAGGUGAAUGGAAUCAGUAUGUACGAAUCGAAUCGAGGGUGCCUUGCCGUCGCAUUACUAGGCAGCUUCGACCUGCGUACUUCCUUGCCGUCUGA